AAGGAGGGAUAGAGUUUCCGUUACAAGAAUUUCCCUUUGUUCGCGGGACGGAAACGGGUGUCCGUAAGUAGUUGAAAAUCAACCGAGGAGACGCUCAACGUGACUGAAAGUUGUGUGUAAACCAGACGUGAGCGCCUCCUGCGAGUUGCGCAACAGUCGCGAGAUCUCGGCACCAUUGCAACUUUUUGGCGCCAACUGACAUUCCGACUGCAAAGGGCCGUUUAAUCCAGUUCCCGCGUUAAUUACGUUCAGAGAUCAUGCCGCCAAGGAAAGCAACAAAACGGUCCGCUGAUACUUCUUCGAAAAACCCGAAGGAACCCAAACAGGCAAAGAAAAAACAAGUUAUAAAACCUGACUUACGACGAGCUUCGACGAGCGGCGUAUUAUUAGCAUUCGGACAAGGCGAUGUGGGCCAACUUGGUUUGGGAGAGGAAGUCGUCGAGAAGAUACGUCCAGCCGCUAUUUCCGGAUAUCAGGAUAUCGUGGCGAUAGCUGCUGGUGGCAUGCAUAACGUAUGUCUGAGGGAAACAGGAGAGAUAUUAACUUUCGGAUGCAACGAUGAAGGAGCAUUGGGAAGAGACACAUCUGUGGAUGGUUCUGAAACCAAACCAGAUUCGGUUGAUUUACCUGGCAAGGUUGUUCAAGUGACGGCUGGGGACUCGCAUAGUGCUGCUUUGUUAGAAGAUGGGAGAGUCUUCGCAUGGGGUUCUUUUAGGGACUCCCAUGGCACUAUGGGUCUGACGUUGAAGGGAAACGAACGUUUUCCGAUAGAAAUACUGCCAAAUGUAAAAAUACUUAAAAUAGCGUCUGGUGCUGAUCAUUUAGUUUUACUUAGCGAGAAUGGACAAAUAUACACAUGUGGAUGCGCAGAACAAGGACAAUUAGGUAGAGUACCUGCAAGAGCAGCUAGCAGAAAUACACGUCACGGUAUGGGUCCAUUGUUGUUUCCAAGUCCAGUCCAAUUUAAAAUUACAAAGAAACUAGAAUUUAGCGAUGUAUGGGCUGGUACCUACUGUACAUUCGCUAAAGAACAUCAUACAGGAGAUAUAUAUGUAUUUGGUUUGAAUAACUAUCAUCAGAUUGGCUUAAAAGAAACUGUGACUCAUUUCCAUCCUCAAAUUGCAAAAACCUUUAGUGGAAAAACUUGGAGACACAUUAGUAGCGGACAGCAUCAUUCUAUUGCUUUGGAUGAUUCUGGCCAAGUAUUUGUCAUGGGCCGUAAAGAGUACGGUCGUCUCGGAUUGGGACCUAAUUGUUUAGAUGCAAAAGAAUUAACUUUGGUUCCCGCGUUAAGUUCCUUUAAGUGUAUCGAUGUUGCAGCGGGAAGUGCCCAAUCUUUCGCUGUUACUGAAUCAGGAGAGUUAUAUGCAUGGGGUAUGGGUUCGAGUGGGCAACUAGGUACAGGAGAGGAAGAAGAUGUAGAAGAACCUGUAUUAGUUAGAGGAAAGCAACUGGAAGGAAAAUCAGUGAUACGUGUGGCAGGUGGAGGUCAACAUACGUUAGUAUUAGCGGUAACUUCAGUAAAAGAACAAAAUGCUGGUUAAUAAAAUUAAUGAAAUAAAGUUAUUAAAUUUAAAAUUUCAUCAUGUGAUCAAAAUUUGGACAACGAAAAAAUCUAUUUAAUUUUAAUUCUCCUUACCUAAAAAUCAUGAUAAAGGAGAAAAUGUAAUUAAGAAUAUUUUUCAUGGUAUAUUGUAAUUUUGGCAUUGGAACGAAAUACAUAAAUCUGUAUAUAAGUUGUUAUACCACCAAAAAUUAUACAUCAUUGUGCUUGUAAUGUUUAAUAUAUAAAUAAAA